GCACAUGCGCGCAGCGUGGGAAGUCGGUUUCGUUGCUGGGGAUCUGGCACAGGAGGCGGGGCGGCGGCGGCGGCCGAAGUUGUGGUGCUCGGCUCUGCCUUCCUCCCUGGGCGGCUGCGCGCGGGGUGAAUUGGGAGGGCUGUGUCUCGCUGCCUGUCUCCGGCCCGCGUCUGUUAUUCUGAGGGGCCUCAAGUGAAGAAGCGGUGCUGCCGGGCGCGCUCCUCCUGCCUCUCCCGAUUUAGGCUGAGCCCCGUCCGGUGCUGCUUUCAGUAGGAACGCGAAGGCUUAGGAUGCUAAUCACUGUUACCUGACUUCAGUAGAAAAGAAUUUGAGAAGACAGAGGAAUGGCUGGUUGCGAUUUCAUGAUUUAAGUUUUUUCUUUGCACAAGUUGCAGGCUAGCUGGCAGAGCUGUUGCUAUGGAAACAAACAGUCAGCUCCUGAGAGUGCCAAUGGAAUGCUAAUCUGGUAUAAAUGAGGAGUUCCAGCUGCUGCCCAAAGAUUUUCUUGUUGGAAAUUUAUUUUCAUCUUGAUCUGGUGACGCAUAUGAAGAAUUGGUUCAUGCUAUAAUGGAUUUUAAGUGGUACCUUCAAGAAAAUAGGCCUUAUAAUAGAGUUUAUGUCUGACAAGUGGUACGGCUUACUGCAUACAACAAUGACAACCUCUCAUAUGAAUGGGCAUAUAACAGAAGAUUCUGACAGUGAAACAAAAAAUGUGGAUCUUGUACCGCUUGAGGAGCCUCAGAGGCACAGAGAGAUGGCUGUUGAUUGCCCUGGUGAUCUGGGAACCAGGAUGAUGCCACUGCGGAGGAGUGCUCAACUUGAGCGAAUUAGACAACAACAAGAGGACCUAAGGCGAAGGCGGGAAGAAGAUGGAAAGAAACAGGAACUGGACCUUAAUUCUUCUAUGCGGUUGAAGAAGCUAGCUCAAAUUCCUCCCAAAACUGGAAUAGACAACCCUAUGUUUGACACAGGCGAAGGAGUUAUUCUAGAGAGCCCACAUUGUGCUGUAAAAAUCCUAGAAGUUGAGGAGCUUCUAUCAUCUCUGAAACAUGUUCAGCACACCCUGGUAGAUCCCCAAAGCCAAGAGGAAAUAGCUCUAAUUUUACAGCUGGUUCAAAACACCGACUUUCAAAAUGCAUUUAAAAUACAUAAUGCUGUUACCGUGCAUAUGAACAAAACCAGUCCACCGUACCCACUUAUCUCCAAUGCGCAAGAGCUUGCACAAGAGGUACAGAGUGUUUUGAAGCCAAGCCAUCAGAAAGAUGGAUUGGAACUUAAUUCUUUAUUGAAUGCCCCUCAUAUUCAGGCACUGCUGUUGGCUCAUGAUAAAGUUGCUGAGCAGGAAAUGCAACCAGAGCCAGUGACGGAUGAAAAGAUUUAUGAGAAUGUAGGUCUGUAUGGAGGAGAGACAGUUAAAAUAGUUCGCAUUGAAAAGGCUAGAGAUAUUCCAUUGGGCGCUACAGUACGCAAUGAAAUGGAUUCAGUCAUCAUUAGUCGAAUAGUGAAGGGAGGUGCUGCAGAGAAGAGUGGGCUGUUGCAUGAAGGUGAUGAAGUUCUGGAAAUUAACGGAAUUGAAAUUCGUGGAAAGGAUGUUAAUGAGGUUUUUGAUUUACUGGCGGACAUGCACGGCACGCUGACAUUUGUCCUGAUUCCCAGUCAGCAGAGUAAGCCACCACCCACAAAAGAGACAGUGAUCCAUGUGAAAGCUCACUUUGACUAUGAUCCAUCUGAUGACCCCUACGUCCCAUGCAGAGAGCUAGGCUUAUCCUUUCAAAAGGGAGAUAUACUCCAUGUCAUCAGCCAAGAAGAUCCAAACUGGUGGCAGGCCUAUCGAGAUGGAGAUGAGGAAAAUCAGCCUUUGGCAGGCCUCAUUCCAGGGAAAAGUUUUCAGCAACAAAGAGAAGCUAUGAAGCAAACUAUAGAGGAAGACAAAGAACCAGAAAAAUCAGGGAAACUUUGGUGUGCGAAGAAAAAUAAAAAGAAAAGGAAAAAGGUUCUGUAUAAUGCCAAUAAAAAUGAUGGUAAGAAGGGAUUUCAACUAUCUUCCAGUAUUUUUUCUGAUUAUGACAACGAGGAGAUCUUGACUUAUGAGGAAAUGUCACUUUAUCACCAACCAGCGAAUAGGAAACGACCCAUUGUCCUGAUCGGUCCACAAAACUGUGGCCAAAAUGAACUUCGGCAAAGGUUAAUGAAUCACGAAGCUGACAGAUUUGCUUCUGCAGUUCCUCAUACAACACGAAAUAGGAGAGACAAUGAAGUGGCUGGCAGAGAUUACCAUUUUGUAUCACGGCAAGUAUUUGAGGCCGACAUAGCAGCAGGAAAGUUUAUUGAGCAUGGUGAAUUUGAGAAGAAUCUGUAUGGUACCAGCAUAGACUCUGUCCGGCAAGUGAUCAAUUCUGGAAAGAUAUGUCUUUUAAAUAUCCAUACACAGUCACUGAAGAGCCUUCGCAAUUCAGACUUGAAGCCAUAUAUUAUCUUCAUUGCACCACCUUCACAAGAGCGGCUUCGUGCAUUACUGGCCAAAGAGGGCAAAAAUCCAAAGCCUGAUGAACUUCGAGAAAUUAUAGAGAAAACCCGAGAGAUGGAGCAAAAUAAUGGCCAUUACUUCGACACAGCUAUUGUGAAUUCUGAUAUUGACAAAGCAUACCAAGAAUUACUUCGUUUAAUUAACAAACUUGAUACAGAACCUCAGUGGGUUCCAUCCUCCUGGCUACGGUGAAACAGUUACAAGGAAGAAAAGGACCUUGCCAAUAGAAGAAUGCUCACCCUGUAUAUUAGAUGAUGGAUUAACCUCUAGUCCUCUGUGUGCACGGAUUAACUGUGUGCUUUAAAAAAAUAAUACUCAUACAGUCUGACACCAUUCUACUGUGAUUUUGAAUGUCUGAUCUUUCACUACCUUUUUACCAGACAUUGACAUUUUGAACAAGCCACUACAUUUUUAAUCAUUUGAAAACACUUUCAAGCGGCUGCUUUAAAUUUACUUUUUCUGACUAGAGUUUUUUCUCAAGGUAAAUAUAUGUAUACAGUCCUGAUCACUAUAAAAACUGAUUGUUAUUUAACGUUUUUAAGUUAAUUAUGUUGCAGACAUGAUGGUAGUUUGCAAAAACACCUUUACAGAAUAUUGGAUAAAGGAAUAUACCUACAAGGGGAAUGAAGGAAUUAAUCUAUAAGUACUGUCAAAUGUAUAAAGGGGCUACUUUGAUUUGAAGUUGCCUUCUUGGGCUUCAAAUUGUUGUUGAAACAUUCCAUUAUCUAAUCGCACUGCAAUUUUUGAAGAUGUGUACAUUGUAAAUAUUUCAAACUUUUUUGUCUUUAGUUAGUUUGUAAAUCAGAUUCACAGCUAAUUAAAUAACAGUAAGUCCUAUGGAAGGUUAUAUAUAUAUAUAUCUGCUGAUAUUUUAGAUGUGGUAUUUUAUGAAUUUUUUCCUCUUUGCUAUAUCAAUUGAUUGAGAGCCACGGUUAACACAUGGGACUAUAGAAGAGUUUAGAUGGGAAGCUAUAUUUUUAUGAAAAUAGAAAUUCUUAUAUGGAUUUUUUUUAAAGAAUACUUUGCUUCCUUAAAAUGUAAAUUUGUCUUUUAUAACCAAGGAAACAGACUUUGGGAUGAUGAAUAUUAGAAUAUUUUCUUGUAUUUUUAUACCUAGGCACAAGGUGUCUCAUGGCUGUUGAUCAUGUAGGUAGUUAUAAAGUGGAGUUUAUAAUAUUAAGUAACCCAGUUAUCAUCCUGAAUUUAAUUGAUACCGUUGUAAAACAAAACUAGUGGAAGAAUGUGAAUGUUACUAAAUUAGGAACCUGAUGUGUUCUGUUUCUAGAACCAGCAUAUCCUUAUAUGCAAUUGAAAAUACCCAUAAAGGUUCAAAUAUUACAGCUAUUGCAUUUAUGAAACUUCUCUAAUUGUAGCUGCCUUUGAAACUGAUUAGCUUUGUUGCUUUGUGGCACCCUUAAUGUGAAUAUGAAUAGUUUUCUUUGUUCUCAAUCAUAGCUUUUAUUUUUAUAUACUGUCAUACACUGGAACUACUUCAACAUGUAGUUGAAUAUAACCUAAUAGUUAAGAAUUAGUCUUUCCAUGUUCUUUCAUAUUUUUCUCUGAAGGAUUAAACAGAAAAUCCAAGCAGGAUUGAAACUUUUUUGUGUUCAUAGUUGAACAUACAGUAUACAUUGACAUAUGGAGAAUUGGGGGGAGGGGGGUAAUACUAUUUAAGAACUGAAAUUCCUCUCUUAGUAUUAUGAUCCACUCCCCCACCAUGGGAGAAAAGAGAAAUCUGGAAUCAACCAACAGCUCCCCUCCUCUGCAGAGUAUAUGCAUAUGAUCUUUAAGCGUAGCACAUUUAUCAAGAGAUUGUAAAAUCGCUCAACAAUGUGCCUCUAUCCAAUGAAGCCUUUGGGUAGGAAAUAGAAGUGAUAUGGAAUAAUCUAUGUAUCACUGUCAACCUGCAAAAUAGUGAUUUAUCUCAAAUUGUCAACUUUGCUUAGAAUACAAAGCAGAAAAAUGAAUGUUGUGUUUCUUCCUUGCUUUGCUUUGAUGUGAUAGUAGACAACAAAAUUCAGAAACUCUGGGCUAGUGCAGAUAUAAGGCUUCCCACCCUUUAAGCAUGCAUAGGGGAUCAGGAAUGGGCUAUGGGAUUAUUCAGUCCUUUCCCCUUCCUUUUUCUCGCACAAAUCCCCUUCCCUCCCUUGUCUUAACUAUGCUUUGCUAUGUCUACACUACUGUUAAACCAUGGUGAAGCUUGAUCACUGGCAUUCAGAAUCAGUAUUUGAAGUGGUUUACAAAUCCUAUCUUACAAGACUUAACAAAUGUUCAGGAUUGUGCAGAGAUGAAGGUUCGUGGUUAAGGAUGGUAGAAUCCGCACACAAAGAGAAGGCUAGGGAGAGCGCACACAGUGCCAUGGCCUGCUCCCACUUCUUUAACUAUGGUUAAGGAAUGGAAAGUGUUUUAUCUGCAUUGUAUAGACUGUGCAUUACCCAGAUGUAUGUAUUUUUCAUCAUCUUAAGGGUUAUGGUGCUGAUGUCCAUGAGGUCUAAAUUUAAUUACUUUUACAGCCAUGUGAAAUAUUUCUAUCAGUAUCUUAGGUUUAAAUGUUAAGAAAAUGCUGAUGUAAUCCAUGAUGCAUUCUAGGACAGUAUAUGAAAUACUGGUUUUGGCAUACUAUACUGGUUAAGAGUGAUGUAUUAACAGUAAAAUCCCCUUUGUUUCUCCUAUCCCCCUUCUGAAUUUCUAAGAUGAUUAAGAAAUUAAUUGGACAUAGUCUUCUAAAUGCAGAAAUUACUAUAUAUAUUAAAUGUGCCUGCCACCUGCUGUCCUUUGAGAUAAGAGUGGUGGCCUAAAAAUCCACACUAAGCUCUGGCUAUAGAAAUGCAACUGUGGCAAACAAUAAUUAAGAGGGCUUUCAAAAAUCAUCCAAUAUAACUAAAUUGAUAUCUGUCAAUUACUCUACUACUGACAUUUGGAAAAGGAUGUUCCACAAUAUUGUAAUUACAGAGAAAUGGGCAUAUCUGUUUGGAUGAGGGAAGAAAAUUCUAAACUUCUUUCAGAGGAUACAAUAUUGUGUAUUAUAAUGAGCUUUGCAACAAGUGCUGUUCUAUUCUAGGCUAGUUAAAUAGGGGAAAAUAUUUGAUUAACCAAGUGAAAGAUAUGCCUUGUAAACAAACCAUGACUGUAAUGAUAUUUCUUUAAAAAUGGAAAGAGAAAGGGUGAAGGGAUAACAAAAUAGCUUUUAAAGGUAAUACAGUAUAUCUCUACACAACACCCAGGUUGAAGCUUGACAUCUACUUGCACUCUAUUUUGAGCUAUUAUAAACUGCACAUUAAUGUAAACAUGUAAAAUAAUAUUCCUAGCCUUCAAGUAUACUGUUGUAAAUGUAACCGUGAGGUAAUAUAUUUCACUUCCUAGUGGCUUAGUACUACAAGCUACUGUGGCAGGAAAUAAAUAUAGAGGAUUGUAUAAAACAGCUGCAGCUUGUGUGCAGACUGUAGUGUUAUGGAAAGCAGUACCAAGAUUGCUCCAAGUUGCAUCCAUGCUGCUGUUCUGGCUGCCAGUGCCAGGGGUGGUAUGGUGGCACAGCCUACAGCCACUAUAUGCUAACAAAAGGCAGGGAAACAAAAGCCAGCUCAUCUUUGUACUAUCCUGAAGCCUUAUUGGCAUUCAGCUUCAUCAGUGCAAUCUUGUGCAUCUAAUGUUUUGUAUUGAGCUGUCAAGCAGAUACUGCCCUUGUAGCUCAGUCAGUGCAGUCACUUAUUUGUAGAGUUGGAUGGUGUGUUCCAAAGCCUACUUGGGCAUGGUACCUAAGACCCUUUGUGUGCUCCAUCUUGGCAGAAUAUGCUCCCCAGAAGUGCAUAGGCACAGCUUCACACACAGUAACUUUUGUUGCAGUGAGUUGGCUGUGUCAUUUGGUUCCUAAAGGCAACUGCAUAACCAGAAUGGCCUGUGGAAAUGUGUGGGUUCCCAGAGUUUGCAGCCUCCUCUUUAAAAAAAAAAAAAAUCCAUCUCUGUUCCUACCAGGUUUUUACUCCCCCAAUUACACUGAGCUGAGCUCUUGGUUAAGCUCUGUCCUCACUAACGAUAAGGUGUAUAAUCAAUAUAUUCUUAGCUGCAGCUUGGGGGUGGUGAAGAGAGUUUAACCCCUUUUGAGUAAAGAGAACACAGUUGGCACAAGACUAAAAAAAGACCAUGGAGGAGCAAAGUGGUUCCAGGAGCCAGCGUGGUCCCAAUACAUCAGAGUGGUCUUGAGAUUAUUAAAAACAACCCUGCUUUAUAAAAGUUCCAGCAUAUCUUUAACAUGGCUUAAAACUUCAGCACAAGUUUGUAACAUCAUGAUGGAAAAUAAGGUACUUGACUGAAAAAUGAAACUUGAAUAAGCAUAUGUUUAAUUGUGGAGGUUUUUCUCUGUCCUUUGGAAAGGAAUUAGCAUAUCUUGCAUCAUUAUUUGCUUACCAAAAAUAAAGGUCACUUAUUACUUA